ACAGUAACCGUUCCCUUUCUUAGCUUUCCAAAAAGGAGUCACAUUUAAAGACCCGUCAGAUUUCAGAUGCAAUCUUCUUUCUGGGACAGAGUUCAUUUGGAGGGAAAAUAGCUUCAAUUUGAACUCUUUAUACUCUCUCUCUAAACUAUCUCUCGAUUCUCGGUCUUCAAGUGCGUGAAGAUGGAAUGUAGUGAAAGCGAGGCGAUUUUCAAUUCUCUGAAUCUAAACCCCCAACUUUUCAUCAACGAGGUCCUUAAUUUAGUUGACGACUUGGUCGAUGGAGCUUUCGACUUCUUUCAUCUAGAGGCGUCAACACAAUUGAAAGUUGAGGGCACAGAUAGAUCCGACGAUCUAAGCAAGGGUGUGGAUUUCAUUCGAAACAUGAUUCAAUCUGUUCUGGAUAAGCGAUUGGAGAUGUGGGAGAAGUAUUGUCUUCAACACUGCUUUAUCGUUCCACAAGGAUUUUCCCUACCCAAAAUCAAUGAAUCACCUGGUGGCAGUUCAACCGAUCAUACUGUUCUCAGUGACGCGGAGCUGGAUGUGCAGUUAGAUUCCUUGAGAGAUAAACUUGCUUUGGUUGGAAAGGAGACUACUGAGCUGAAUAGAGAGCUCCAAUCAUUGGAAAGGCAGUCCGCUCUAAGCAAUCAAUAUGCUGGGCCUGUUAAUGAAGCACUACAGUUGUAUGAGCAACAGUCUGUUCAUGACAUGUUUCAAGAGUUGACAAGAACUGCGUCAGAGCUUCGUAUGAAAAUGGAAAAGUUGAAGACCAAAAGGGUGGAGGAGACUCAAUGCCUUCGGAUAGAGAGGAUGCACAUACCAAACGGUGAUUUGUUUAGAAAGAAUCGUGGCAAAGGCCUGUACAACGCAACGUCGGAAGAACUUCAAGAAUUCGUAUCCUAUAUAAAGAAUGUGUGAACCUUAGCUAUUGUUGAUCAGCCUUCGUGUAAAGGAGUUGUGUGUUGUGUUUUUGUAGCCAAGUAAGAACUCUUUUGUUUUUGUCUGGAUUGGAUUUGUAAUGUUUGCAUUAGGAGUCAUCUCCCACAGAAUGAAACUAUGAAUUAAACAAUUUGUUUUUAUUUUCUGAUGCACAAUGAUAAACAGAUUUUGAAGUAA